AUGGCAGAUGUCGAAAUGAAAGAAGCAUCUGCUGCUUCGUCCAAAGGCAAGACAGUUGCCAAGGGGUCGGACGGCGCUACAGAUGGCAAAAAAAUGACGCUGAGACUCGAAUAUAGUGGAAUGCCGUUGCCCUCUGGGCCUGGGAUAUCGUUGUCGACAACUGUGCCAUCUGCCGUAACCAUAUUAUGGAUCUGUGGGAAAGGUAUCGAAUGUCAAGCGAACCAAGGAUCAUCAACCACAGAGGAGUGCACUGUCGCCUGGGGUAUCUGUAAUCAUGCAUUUCACUUCCACUGUAUCUCGCGCUGGCUGAAGACCCGCCAGGUCUGCCCGCUUGAUAACCGGGACUGGGAAUUCCAGAAGUAUGGACGGUAA